AGCGCUCGCGACCCUGGGAUAUUUCCAGCAGCGCGGCGCUAUAAAAGGCUGCACCAGCUGCUCCAUUUCCCGAGCUAAGCUAGCGAUCUCGAGCCGGAGAUCUCUCCCAGAUCGUAGUCGUAGAGACCCAAGCGAGGAAACACAUCCACGGAGACGAUGGAGACGAUGGCGGCGAACGGCGGGCGGGAGGCGGCGGCGAGGACGGCGUACGGGAAGAGGGACGGCCAGCAGCCCGCCGGCGUGGGGUGCGGGCAGUGCUUCCAGAUGCCGCUGCACUACCCGAGGUACAGCCGGGAGGACUACGAGGCCAUGCCCGAGUGGCAGCUCGACCGCCUCCUCUCCGAGUACGGCCUGCCCGCCACCGGCACCAUCCACCAGAAGCGCAGCUUCGCCAUGGGCGCCUUCCUCUGGGGCGCCGGCGGCAACCUCUGAUGACUGAUGAUCGAUCUAGCUUGAUCCACCUGCUGGCUGUGCCAGCAGUUCGCCUACACCAAUAUAGUUUCCGAUCCUGAUCUUGAUCGAUCAGUGGCGUCACGUAUGUAUCCAGAUCGAGAGAUCGUCCAUCUAACUUACUAGCUUCCUUCCUUCCACUAUGCAUAUUGUUACCGUGCGAGCGUGUAUGCACGUUAAUUGUCUAGUACAGUAGUAUCUAAGCUAGCUAGUUUUGUGCUCAGUUCUUGUAUCUUUAUUUGGUGAGGAUUCAUCAGGUCUUGUAUCUAGGCGACUUAGCACUACCGGCGCAUCAUCAUCCCGUUGUUACCGUACUAAUAUUUAGCCUAGAUAUAGUAUACAUUAGAGAGAGUCAUUCACAGAUCUCGUGUACUACGUGUUUCCUUGUAAAAUAAUGUGCCGGUUUAAUUUAAAAUAUAUGUGUUGAUGAUA